CCCACCAGCCAUGCCCAUCGAGUUUCCCACCUCACCUGCCUAUCGGGCACCCCUCUCACCAUGAAUCUGUCCGGGUCCGGUCCCUACGGGGACAACCUCCGCUCCACGCACUUCCACUCCACCCCACGACUACAUUCCACCGACAUCGGCAUCUUCAAAUCCACCAUCCUCCCCUCCUUCACCCUCCACACCACCCUCGACAUCGCUGCCUUCAUCGCCUCCAAGGCCACCGACCGCGCCGAAAUCAAGGAUUGGUGCUGGCCCUCCAGUCAAGUCAUCAACGCCUGGUGGAGCGCCAUCGGCCACCAAGUCUACUAUCACCACGUCUCCCCGCAAACCGCCUGGUCGACCCUCUCCUGGACCGAAAAGGUUCUCCUUGCUUGUGUCACCGUCUGGGGCACUCGACUGUUCUCCCGCAUCGCAUCCCGUACCAUCACCCGCGGCAAGGAUGACCCGCGCUACGACCAGCUGAAGAAGGAAGAUCCCCAGGGAUUCUGGACCUCGGCUCUCUGGAAGCAGUAUCUGCCUGAGGCAGCCUUCUUGACUCUCAUCUCUCUGCCCUUCACCGUGCCGUUCCGGUUGACCUCCUCGACAUUGGCGCUGGACAGCGAUGUCCAGUCCGCGGUGCGGGCCCUCGGUGUCGCGCUCUUCGGAGCCGGAUUCGCCAUGGAGGUCAUGGCGGAUGCCCAGCUGGAGAUGCACCGCGAGGAACGGACCGACCUGUGCCGUCACGGCGUGUGGAGUAUCGUUCGACACCCCAACUACCUCGGCGAUACGCUCGUGCACAUCUCCUUUGCCGUCCUCAACGCCGCCAACAACUUCAACCCCAUUAUCCUUCUGGGUCCCCUGACCAACUACAUCUUCCUUCGCUUCGUGGGCGGCGACAAGCAGACCGAGGCGAGCCAGGAAUCGCGGUACCGUGCCGAGGACCCGCACAAGUACGAGCAGCUGCAGAGCUGGCGGCGCGAGAAGAAUAGCUUCUGGCCGGGAGUCACCGAGGUGAUUAACCCGUGGACGUGGGCGGUGGUGGGUGCCGGUGUGGUGGGGGUGGUCGCGGAGGAGGCCGUUCGGGGAUGGCUGACUCGGUGAUUUCAUGGUUCCAUAUACCAUUCAUUAAAUCAUAAAUCAUGUACACGGAUCACGUCUAGUCUACUCUACCACUUUCAAUUCCAAGAAUAAUGGGUUUAAUAUCCCCGU